UUUCGUUCAUUCAUAAGUGACAAGCGGCGGCGUUGCGUAGCCGUGCGAUUAAAAUCCUAUUUUAAAAUUCUCAAAAAUGGGGGUCCCUGCAGAAUUACAAACUGAAGCUAUUUCUAUAGUUCAUCAAUUUCUACAAAAUAUUGACAAGUCGCUGGCUCAAGAGUUUUUAAAGAAAACCAAAGCGAAACCGCGUGUCAAGGGCCUGCCUUCACUGACAGACAUAUUAACAGAAUAUAAUAAACAUAAGAAGCCCCAAAAAGCUGCUGAAAGUUCUGAUGAUUCCAGUGAAGACGAAGCGCCACAGAAAAAACCCGUUGCUCAAGUCAACGGCAAAGCUAGUGCUCCUAAAAAAGCACAAGAUUCUUCAGAUUCUGACAGCUCUGAAGAUGAGAAACCCAAGACACAAGCAAAACCGAAAGCAGCAGCUGCGCCAGUCAAGAAGGCAGAGUCAUCAGAUGACAGUGAUAGUAGUGAAGACAAUGCCACAGCAAAACCAACAAAACAACCAAUAAAACCCAGUAAUGCCACACCUAAAGUAGUUAAAAAACAAGAAUCAUCAUCAGAUGAUAGUAGUGAAGAUGAAAAACCUAAACCCCAACAAAAACCUCCAGUUAAGGCAGUUCCUCCCAAAGCAGCUCCUGUUAAGAAGCCUGCUUCGUCAUCUGAUAGUGAUGACAGUAGUGAAGAUGAAAAACCUAAAGCUGCAGCUAAACCAGCUUCCAAGCCUCAAGUUAAACCAACUCCAGCUAAGAAACAGGAAUCAUCUUCUGAUGACAGUGACGACAGUGAAGAUGAAAAACCAGCUCAAAAGAAAGCUGCCCCCACACCUGCAAAGGCUCCAGUAAAAGCAGUUCCAGGCAAAAAACAAGAAUCGUCUUCAGAUGAUAGUGAUGACAGUGAGGAUGAAAAGCCAGCUCAGAAGAAAGCUGCCCCUACACCUGCAAAGACUCCAGUCAAAGCAGCUCCAGCCAAAAAGCAGGAAUCAUCUUCAGAUGAUGAUAGUGAAGAUGAAAAACCGACUCAAAAGAAAGCUGCCCCUACACCUGCAAAGACUCCAGCCAAAGCAGCUCCAGCCAAAAAACAGGAAUCAUCCUCUGAUGAUAGUGAUGACAGUGAAGACGAGAAACCUAAAGCACCUGUCAAACCAGUUGGUUCGGUAGGAACUCCCAAAGGUACUCCAGCAAAGCCAGUUACCAAAGCCACACCUGCUAAAAAACCAGACUCCUCAUCAGACGAUUCUAGUGAUAGUGAUGAUGCUGAUUCUAAGCCCAAGAAGACACAGCCUGCUAAAACCGCUGUUACCCCUGCUAAGCCCAAAGCUACACCAGCUAAAAAGCAAGAGUCCUCAGAUGACAGUGAUGACAGCGAUGAAGACGAAAAGCCCCAAAAAGCUCUCCAGAAACCUCAACCCACCCCGGUUAAGCCAGCUAUCAAAGCUACAGCUAAGAAGGAUUCUUCAUCUGAUAGUGAUGACAGUAGUGAAGAUGAAAAGCCCAAAGCCACUGCAAAGACUCCAGCUAAAACUCCAGUAAAGGUUGCUGCUAAAAAAGCAUCAUCUUCAGAUGACAGUGAUGAUAGUGAUAAAGAACCUUCAAAACCUGCUCCAAAAACACCUGCUAGUGCUACAAAACCAAAACCUGCAGCAAAGAAGAAACAGGAGUCUUCAUCAGAAGAUGAUUCAAGUGAUGAUGAUAAAUCAAAACCAAAACCAGCACAAAAAGCUACUCCUGCCAAAAAAGCUGAAUCUUCUGAUGACAGUGACGAUAGUGAUGAAGAUGCUCCUCCUGCUAAAAUAUCCAAAAAGGAAUCCAAUGAUCAGGUUGCUGAAAAUGGAGUCCAAACUGGAAAAAAAAGGAAAGCAUCUGAAGGUGAUUCAAACGCUCCUGCUAAGAAACCCUACAGCAACUUUGUAAAGGAGGGUGAAAGCCAUGAAGGCGAAGAAAACGACGAGGAAACUGAAGAAAACCAAUCUGGAGGUUGGAACCAGCGUGGACGCGGCGGGUUCAACCGUGGGGGUCGGGGCUUCAAUGAUAGGGGUAGGGGAGGAUUUAGAGGUCGGGGGGGCGAUAGGGGUGGUCGCGGCGGUUUCAACGACAGGGGUGGUCGUGGGGGUAGAGGUGGCCGAGGUGGUUUUGACCGAGGGGGUCGUGGUGGGUUCGACAGAGGAGGUCGCGGUGGUUUCGAUAGGGGAGGUCGCGGAGGCGGAGAUCGUCGUGGCCGUGGAGGUCGCGGUGACCGUCAUUCCUGGGGUGGAGACAGAGGAGGAUUCAACAAAGGAGGUUUUAAUGACCGAAAAAGUUUUGAGGGAGGGGAUAAUGCUCAAAACAAGAAAAUAGUAUUUGAUUAAGUAGAGUGGUUCACGUGGGUCAUGGGGUGAGCGUGCUAAUCAAGACUUAAAGCAUACGCGUGGCAAGUCAUUCAAACAUGAGAAGACGAAGAAAAAAAGAGGUUCAUAUCGCGGUGGCGCUAUUGAUACAGGUGUACACUCCAUUAAAUUUGAGGACUAGAAUAAUUUUAUUGUUUUCAUAAGCCAUGGAUUGGUUGUGUGCUUAUGUAAAUCAUAACCAUACCAUAGUUACUUGUUUAUCGAUAUUACUGGCUUAGCUCUCGUAGUUUUAUCGAAACAGCUUUGCAUUCCGCCCCAUAGUGAUGGUAUUUAAUUUUAUUACCACAUGUACCUACUUGUAUUAUUUCUGUAUUACACAAGUUACAAUAAUUAUUCUGAAACUCAUCUGUUUGUCAUAUGAUGUAUAUCAAAUUUGUUUGAGUGUUGACUAAUGUGUCCUGGACAUGACUGUGAGAGUGAGUUUGGCUCCACUGAAUCUUGAAGUGUGAUUUUGCACUGACAUUUAUUAGUCCAUAUUAUUAAUUUAGUCAAUCCGUAAGUAUAAGUUCCUUAAACCUUUAUUUAAGUUUUACUUACCUAGUUUUUCUUGAUGACCUAUUUUGAAGCUGUACUGACUAUUUUUUUAUUUUUUGCAUACUACAUUCUGGAUUAAAAUGUGCUCUGACUUUUUCUUGAAUUUAUUCAAAAUAGAUUAUUGAAUUUCUAAUUAAAUCCAGUUUUUGUUGGGGCCAAGAUUUUGUUAUAUUUAGAUGAUACUUAUCUACUGAAAACUUUAUGAUUCUGAAUGUUUUAUUUUUAUAAGUGUUAAUGUAAAUAGAUGUGUAUUUUACGUACUUUACUGUGUACAUAGGCUAAAUAUAAGAUUAAUUGAUAAAUAUAGACUUACAGUGGUAGUAAGUAAUAAAAACAGGUGCAAAAACAGACACAAUAUGUAUUUUUAACAGCUAGGUUACCUGUUUUGUUUGGUUAGUUUGAUAAGCCCGCCUUUUAAAUACAAUUUAAGAAUAUUA